AUGGACAUUAUCAUUAUCGCCACAACAAUAAUAACGACGGCAUUUGGAACAAACAACGACAUUUACAAUAACAAGAAUAACAAAAUUUGCAACAAUAACAAGAACAACGAUAUUUAUAACAAUAACAUAUUUCCAACAAUAACGACAACAUUUGCAACAACAACAACGACAUUUGCAGUAAUAACAAGAACAACAAAAUUUGCAACAAUAACACAUUUACAACAGCAACGACAACAUUUGCAACAAAAACAACAGCAACAACAACAACAAUAUUUGCAACACCAACAACAUUUGUAA